CACACAGGGCAGAGGCCCUAUGAAUGCAGUGAGUGUGGGAAAAGUGUCACUAGCAGAUCAGGCCUUUCUAAACAUCAGAGAAUCCACACAGGGGAGAGGCCCUAUGAAUGCUGUGAGUGUGGGAAAAGCUUCACUAACAGCUCAGCCCUUUCCGAACAUCAGAGAAUUCACACAGGGGAGAGGCCCUAUGAAUGCAGUGAGUGUGGGGAAAACUUCAGGCGCAGCUCAGUCCUUAUUAGGCAUCACAGAAUCCACACAGGAGAGAGGCCCUAUGAAUGCAGUGCGUGUGGAAAAUGCUUCACUAGCAGCUCAGGCCUUUAUCAACAUCAGAGAAUCCACACAGGGGAGAGGCCCUAUGAAUGCAGUGUGUGUGGGAAAAGCUUCACUAGCAGUUCAGGCCUUUCUAAACAUCAGAGAAUCCACACAGGGAAGAGGCCCUAUGAAUGCAGUGAGUGUGGGAAAACCUUCAAUCGCAGCUCAAACCUUCUUACCCAUCAGAGAAUCCACACAGGGGAGAGGCCCUAUGAAUGCAGUGCAUGUGGAAAAUGCUUCGCUAGCAGCUCAGGCCUUUAUCAACAUCAGAGAAUCCACACAGGGGAGAGGCCCUAUGAAUGCAGUGAGUGUGGGAAAAGUGUCACUAGCAGCUCAGGCCUUACUAAACAUCAGAGAAUCCACACAGGGGAGAGGCCCUAUGAAUGCUGUGAGUGUGGGAAAAGCUUCACUAGCAGCUCAGCCCUUUCCGAACAUCAGAGAAUUCACACAGGGGAGAGGCCCUAUGAAUGCAGUGAGUGUGGGGAAAAAUUCAGCUGCUCAGGCCUUUAUCAACAUCAGAGAAUCCACACAGGGGAGAGGCCCUAUGAAUGCAGUGAGUGUAGAAAAUGCUUCACUGACAGCUCAGCCCUUUCUCAACAUCAGAGAAACCACACAGGGAAGAGGCCCUAUGAAUGCAGUGUGUGUGGGAAAAACUUCACUAGCAGCUCAGGCCUUUCUAAACAUCAGAAA